AUGUCUGAAAUAGUAUCCACAGAUUUUUCAAAAAGUGACUUAACAGAAAUUCAAUAUACAAAAAUAAAUGUUAAAACAAGUUGGCUUAUAAUAUCAGAUAAUAAACUAAAAUGUAUCCCCGAUGAAAUCCAGAACCUUAAAUAUUUAACUAGAUUAGCAGCCAAUGACAAUAAAAUUUCAGAAAUUAGUCCUCAACUUUGUCAUCUUCAAAAUUUAACAUGGAUCGAUUUUACAAGAAAUCGCCUAAAAAACCUCCCUACAAAUUUUCAUAAUCUGCAUAAAAUAUCAGGUCUCGGAUUGAGCGAAAACGAGUUUGAUGAAAUACCUGAAAAUAUUUAUAAAAUGGUAAGUUUAAGAAAAUUCGGAUUUUUUUCUAAUAGAAUACGGUGUAUUAAAAAGGAUAUCAGAUAUUUAAGAAAUCUAGUUAAGAUUGAUUUGUCUAAUAAUCUACUGAGUAGUUUACCUGACGAGAUUUGUGAAUUAACUUAUCUUAAUUGGUUAAAUUUAUCGAAUAAUAAAUUAAUUAAAUUACCAAAAGAUAUGAAUAAUCUUAUACAUUUAGAAGAACUAGGUUUGGGGAUGAAUAACUUGACAGAAUUACCUAAAAUGGAUAAAUUAUAUAAAUUACGAAUACUACCAGUGUUUAAAAAUAAUCUUAAAGAUAUUACACAUACUUUAAGAUACUGUAAAUCUAUUGAAAAACUGGACUUUUCUGAUAAUGAAAUUAGUGCACUUCCUGAUUUUUUAUUAGAUAUGCCUUGUUUAAAAUACUUGAAUUUAAAAGGCAAUAAAAUUAAUAAAAUAAAUAUUGAUAAAAUAGAAUAUAUAAAAUCUAAUAUAAAUAUGAUAGAUUUAAGUGAUAACAAAUUAGAAGUAGUUCCAUAUAAAUUCUUUAAAUUGUUUAGUAAUAUAACUACAAUAAAAAUAUCUGAUAAUCCUUAUAAUUUACGAGAUAAUACGCAACCAAAAAAAAUCACUUUAUUAGAAAGAUGUUAUAACAGAUUAUUAAAUUUAAAAUAUCAUAUAAAUCCUUGUUUAAAUGUUUUCUUCCAAAAAAUAAGGAUAUGUGAUAUUUGUAAUAAUUAUUAUGUUAACUCCCCAUAUUUUACGUACAGCAAAAGUAGUAUUGAAGAAGAAGAACAAUUUGUAUUCGUUGUAGAAAAACUUUGCUGUUCUAAUGGAUGUUAUAAACGAGAAAUAAAAAAAUAG